GAAAGGGAUGUCACACAGACGGUGAAGAGUAUGUUGGAGUGUGUUGAUAAAUGUCCAAUUCAUACAUCAUGUGCUGUUCUUGAAAUAUUAUUAUGUUACAAAGGAUGUGGUGAAAUAGAGUUAGACAUCCCGAGCGUUGUGACACAGCAAGUUUUUGAUCAAUUGCAAAAGUAUAUCGAAAUUGAGACGGUUUCAAUUCUCAUCGAAACGUUGCACAUUUUAUUAGAGAUGUGCAAGAAAGAAAAGUUCGAGGAACAAGCUGACAACGACGCAGAAGAUUUAGAAGGAGGAAUUGCUCAAACCGUGCGGAUCUUUUAA